AUUUAUUUAUAACCACAAACUAUAAAGAAUUCCCAUUCAUUGCUUAUUUAACAAUAUCUAAUAGAUAUUUUCUUUCAGACCAGUUACCAGUAUAAUCAAUGCUAACGGUGGAGAUACUCAACAAAAUCGAUAAGUAACUCGAACUUUGUACAGUGCAUACAAAAAUUUACUUCAUAUAAACAUGGAAGAUUACCUAACAGAAUGUUUUCACUGUGAUUUGUAUUUGACUUGUCUUAAUUUAUGCAUCUAAAUAUUUACAAUUUAAAUUAAAACAAAUAGAAGGAGAGACAGAGAGACAGCGAGAGUCAAAAAUGGAGAAAGAGAAAACUUGCGCCCUUGUUAAAAAUAUUAAACAAAGUAGUAACAGUUUUCACUCAUAUCUGAUGUAAUCUUCAUUAUUUAGUCACGACUAUUUGCAUACUAUAUACAUAAAUAAAAAAACACCUGUUUUCUAAAUAUUUAUGAUAAAUACUUUAGCUAGCAUUUUACAACACUGCUCAGAAUUGUUUACAAAAGCUCAAUACAAAAUCACUAACGACCUUAAGAAGCAGUUGCUUUUAAUCUUGCGCGUCGUGUGUGUGCUGCGUGUCUGUGGCUUAAACCGUGUUAAUGUAAUACAGAGUUUUGAAAUAAUUUUUAUAUUCUCAAAUUAGAAAUUUAAAAAGAUUUUAGAAUAAAAGAGAUUGAAAUGAGAUCAAACAUGUUUCGAAAUAUUUUUACAGUUGGUAGUCUACUCAUUACCUUAAGUUCCAUCACAUUUGCACAGCAAUCCUGUUUUACCCCAUCUGGCUCGUAUGGCAAUUGUGUACCUAUUCGCUCCUGCGUUAAAGUCGUUAACGAACUAUCGAGGUUAGGUGAAAAUACACCACAAAGUUAUAGAGAACAUUUGAUACAAUCUCGUUGUAAUACGUCAGAUGAUAUUCAUAUUUGUUGUGACUCUAAUGAUGAUGAUUAUGAAAAGUCAUUAAACCCAAACGGAUUGCAAAUUUUGAAUGAUCUUAAAUGCGGUACAACUAUUGGAGAUCGUUUGGCUUUUGGUGAAAGAGCUAAACUAGGUGAGUUUCCUUGGAUGGCUUUGAUAAAAUAUGAUACUGUAGAAAAACCAUAUAAAUGUGGAGGUUCUUUAAUAUCCCAUCGACAUGUAUUAAGUGCUGCACAUUGCUUGGUAGUAGACUUUAAUAUUGUUGGUGUACGGCUUGGUGAGUAUGACUUGAAUACAGAUCCUGAUUGUCAAAGAAAGGGACGUAGAACUGUAUGUAUGCCACCUGUAGUCGACUAUGGCAUUGAAAAAGUUUUAGCACAUCCACAUUAUAGUAGACAAGCAUUGAUUAACGAUGUUGGAUUAAUUAAAUUGGAUCGUGAUGUUGAAUUUAACAAACAUAUAAAGCCCAUUUGUUUACCAAUAACCAAACGUACAGCGGAAACGGAUCGUGAACAAUACUUUAUCACUGGUUGGGGUACAACCGAAAAUGGCACAACUGCUUCAGUGUUAAUGAAGGGUACAGUUAAACACCAAGAACUUAAGUUUUGCCAAGAUUUGUUCAAGCGUGUACGAAUAACUGAUAAUCAUUUAUGUGUUGGGGGAGAAGGACGUAUUGAUACAUGUAAAGGUGAUUCUGGAGGACCAUUGUUCUUUUUGGCACCAUAUAAGACAUUAAAUCGUUAUGUUCAAUUUGGGGUUGUUUCGUUUGGUGUGGCUGCAUGUGGAUUGCAACAAGCAUUACCUGGUGUUUAUGCCGAUAUUAUACCUCAAAUGCCUUGGAUUACGGCAAAUUUAGAUUAGUAACUAUUUUAAAAAUAAGUUUUAAUGAAAACAUAAUGAAAAUUUUUUAUUA